GCAGGCGCCGAGGAGAGUAGGGAGUUUGGCUUUAGGAGCUCAAGAACCCAGCCUGCCCCAGCAGGGACCCGGGUGCCCCCAGAGACCAUGCAGAGGUCGCCUCUGGAAAAGGCCAGCGUCAUCUCCAAACUUUUUUUCAGCUGGACCAGACCAAUUUUGAGGAAAGGGUACAGACAGCGCCUGGAGUUAUCAGACAUAUACCAAAUCCAUUCUGCUGAUUCUGCGGACAAUUUGUCUGAAAAAUUGGAAAGAGAAUGGGACAGAGAGUUGGCUUCAAAGAAAAAUCCGAAACUCAUGAAUGCCCUUCGUCGAUGCUUUUUCUGGAGAUUUAUGUUCUAUGGAAUCUUAUUAUAUCUGGGGGAAGUUACCAAAGCAGUCCAACCUCUCUUACUGGGAAGAAUCAUAGCUUCCUAUGAUCCAGAUAACAAGGUGGAACGCUCCAUUGCUAUUUACCUAGCCAUAGGUUUAUGCCUUCUCUUUAUUGUGAGGACACUGCUUCUGCACCCAGCCAUUUUUGGCCUUCACCACAUUGGAAUGCAGAUGAGGAUAGCUAUGUUUAGUUUGAUUUAUAAAAAGACUUUAAAGCUGUCAAGUCGUGUUCUAGAUAAAAUAAGUAUUGGACAACUUGUUAGUCUCCUUUCCAACAACCUCAACAAAUUUGAUGAAGGACUUGCAUUGACUCAUUUCGUGUGGAUUGUUCCUUUACAAGUGACCCUUCUGAUGGGGUUGCUGUGGGAGUUGUUACAGGCCUCUGCCUUCUGUGGACUUGCUUUCUUAAUUGUCAUUGCCCUUUUCCAGUCCGGCUUAGGGAAGAUGAUGAUGAAGUAUAGAGAUCAGAGAGCUGGGAAGAUCAACGAAAGACUUGUGAUCACCUCAGAAAUUAUUGAAAAUAUCCAAUCUGUUAAGGCAUACUGCUGGGAGGAGGCAAUGGAAAAAAUUAUUGAAAAUCUAAGACAAACAGAAUUGAAACUGACCCGGAAGGCAGCCUGUGUGAGAUACUUCAAUAGCUCAGCUUUCUUCUUCUCAGGGUUCUUUGUGGUGUUUUUAUCUGUGCUCCCCUAUGCACUGCUCAAAGGAAUCGUCCUUCGAAAAAUAUUCACAACCAUCUCAUUCUGCAUUGUUCUGCGCAUGGCAGUCACUCGGCAGUUCCCUGGGGCCGUGCAGUCAUGGUAUGACUCUAUUGGAGCCAUAAAUAAAAUACAGGAUUUCUUACAGAAACAAGAAUAUAAGACAUUAGAAUACAAUUUAACAACCACAGAAGUCAUGAUGGAGAAUGCAACAGCUUACUGGGAGGAGGGAUUUGGAGGAUUAUUUGAGAAAGUAAAACAAAGUAGUAACAAUAGAAACGUUUCCAAUGGUGAUAACAGCCUCAUCUUCAGUAACAUCUCACUUCUUGGCACUCCUGUCCUGAAAGGUAUCAAUUUCAAGAUAGAGCGGGGACAGUUGUUGGCAGUUGCUGGGUCUACUGGAGCCGGCAAGACUUCACUUCUAAUGAUGAUAAUGGGAGAACUAGAGCCUUCAGAAGGUAAAAUUAAGCACAGUGGAAGAAUUUCAUUCUGUUCACAAUUUUCCUGGAUUAUGCCUGGUACCAUUAAAGAGAACAUCGUCUUUGGUGUUUCCUAUGAUGAGUAUAGAUACAGGAGUGUCAUCAAAGCAUGCCAACUAGAAGAGGACAUUUCCAAAUUUGCAGAGAAAGACAACAUAGUUCUUGGAGAAGGUGGAAUUACACUGAGUGGAGGUCAGCGUGCAAGAAUUUCUUUAGCAAGAGCAGUAUACAAAGAUGCUGAUUUGUACCUAUUAGAUUCUCCUUUUGGAUACCUAGAUGUUUUAACAGAAAAAGAAAUAUUUGAAAGCUGUGUCUGUAAGUUGAUGGCUAACAAAACUAGGAUUUUGGUCACUUCUAAAAUGGAACAUUUAAAGAAAGCUGACAAAAUAUUAAUUUUACAUGAAGGUACCAGCUAUUUUUAUGGAACGUUUUCUGAACUACAAAAUCUACGGCCAGAUUUCAGCUCAAAGCUCAUGGGAUAUGAUUCUUUCGACCAGUUUACUGCAGACAGAAGAAAUUCAAUCCUCACUGAGACUUUACGGCGUUUCUCUUUAGAAGGAGAUGCUGCUGUCUCCUGGAAUGAAACAAAAAAACAAUCUUUUAAACAGCCUAAAGAGUUUGGGGAAAAAAGAAAGAACUCUGUUCUCAAUCCAGUCAACUCUAUAAGAAAAUUUUCAAUUGUCCAAAAGACUCCAUUACAAAUGAAUGGCAUCGAAGAAGAUUCUGAUGAGCCUUUAGAGAGAAGACUGUCCUUAGCUGCAGGUUCUGAGCAGGGAGAGGCUGUUCUUCCACGGAGUAGUCUGAUUGACACGGGCCCCACAUUUCAGGGGCGAAGGAGGCAGUCUGUUCUGAACCUGAUGACAUGCUCCUCAGUGAACCAAGGUCAAAGCAUUCACAGAAGGACAGGUGCAUCUGCACGAAAAAUGUCACUGGCCCCUCAAGCAAACUUAACUGAAAUGGAUAUAUACUCAAGACGGUUAUCUGAAGAUAGUGGCUUGGAAAUAAGUGAAGAAAUCAAUGAAGAAGAUUUGAAGGAGUGUUUUUUUGAUGACUUGGAGAACAUACCAGCAGUGACUACAUGGAACACCUACCUUCGAUAUAUUACUGUUCAUAAGAACUUAAUUUUUGUCCUAAUUUGGUGUUUAGUUAUUUUUCUGGCUGAGGUGGCUGUUUCUUUGGUUGUGUUGUGGCUAUUUGGAAAAGAAUCUCCUCAAGACAAAGGAAAUAGUACUAAGAGUGCAAAUAACACCUCUGGAGUGAUCAUCACCAGAACCAGCUACUAUUAUGUUUUUUACAUUUAUGUGGGAGUAGCCGACACUUUGCUUGCUCUGGGAUUCUUCAGAGGUUUACCACUGGUGCAUUCUCUGAUCACAGUGUCCAAAAUUCUACACCACAAAAUGUUACAUUCUGUUCUUCAAGCACCUAUGUCCACUCUCAACACCUUGAAAGCAGGUGGAAUCCUUAAUAGAUUCUCCAAAGAUAUAGCAAUUUUGGAUGACAUUCUGCCUCUUACCAUCUUUGACUUCAUCCAGUUGGUACUAAUUGUAAUUGGAGCUAUGACAGUAGUCUCGGUUUUACAACCCUACAUCUUCCUAGCAACAGUGCCAGUGAUUGCUGCUUUUAUUAUAUUGAGAGCCUACUUCAUCCACACCUCACAGCAACUCAAACAACUAGAAUCUGAAGGCAGGAGUCCAAUUUUCACUCAUCUUGUUACAAGCUUAAAAGGACUAUGGACACUUCGUGCCUUUGGACGGCAGCCUUACUUUGAAGCCCUGUUUCACAAAGCUCUGAAUUUACACACUGCCAACUGGUUUUUGUACCUGUCAACACUGCGCUGGUUCCAAAUGAGAAUAGAAAUGAUUUUUGUUAUUUUCUUCAUUGCUGUCACCUUCAUUUCCAUUUUAACAACAGGGGAAGGAGAAGGAUCUGUUGGCAUAAUUCUCACUUUAGCCAUGAAUAUCAUGAGUACGUUGCAAUGGGCUGUAAACUCCAGCAUAGAUGUGGAUAGCUUGAUGAGAUCUGUUAGUCGAGUCUUCAAGUUUAUUGAUAUGCAACCAGAAGAAGGUAGAUCUACCAAGUCGAUCAAACCAUCCAAGGAUGGCCCACUCUCAAAAGUUGUGAUUAUUGAGAAUGAAAAUGUGAAGAAAGAUGAUAUCUGGCCCUCAGGGGGUCAAAUGACUGUCAAAGACCUCACAGCAAAAUACAUAGAUGGUGGGAAUGCCAUACUAGAGAACAUUUCCUUCUCGAUAAGUCCUGGCCAGAGGGUGGGCCUCCUGGGCAGAACUGGAUCCGGGAAGAGUACUUUGUUAUCAGCUUUUUUGAGACUGCUGAACACUGAAGGAGAAAUCCAAAUAGAUGGUGUGUCUUGGGAUUCAAUAACUUUGCAACAGUGGAGGAAAGCCUUUGGAGUGAUACCACAGAAAGUAUUUAUCUUUUCUGGAACAUUUAGAAAAAACUUGGAUCCCUAUGAACAAUGGAAUGAUCAAGAAUUAUGGAAAGUUGCAGAUGAGGUUGGACUCAGAUCUGUGAUAGAGCAGUUUCCAGGGAAGCUUGAUUUUGCCCUUGUGGAUGGGGGUUGUGUCCUAAGCCAUGGCCACAAGCAGUUAAUGUGUUUGGCCAGAUCUGUCCUCAGUAAGGCAAAGAUCUUGCUGCUUGAUGAACCCAGUGCUCAUUUGGAUCCAAUAACAUACCAAAUCAUUCGAAGAACCCUAAAACAAGCAUUUGCUGAUUGCACGGUAAUCCUCUGUGAACACAGGAUAGAAGCAAUGUUGGAAUGUCAACGAUUUUUGGUCAUAGAGGAAAACAAAGUGCGGCAGUAUGAUUCCAUCCAAAAGCUGCUAAGCGAGAAGAGCCUCUUCCGGCAGGCCAUCAGCUCCUCGGACCGCUUGAAGCUCUUCCCCCUCCGAAACUCCAGCAAACACAAGUCCAGAUCCAAAAUUGCUGCUCUGAAGGAGGAGACGGAAGAAGAGGUGCAAGACACGCGGCUUUAGAGAGCAAUACAGACGUUUAGUACUGGAUAGUCACUCACAGAGUUGGAGGAAGAAAAGUUCCUGCCUCAUAAAACAAGAAUGACUAAUUUUUUUUUUUUUUUAAUUUUUGGUAAGAGGAAUUAAGGGCUUUCACAUGGGUCUGCAUAAUGGCUUUCUGGCAAUGGUCAAAUUGUGUGAAAGGUACUUCAAUCCUUGAAGAUUUGCAAGCCAGAUUUUCCUGAAGACACUUUCCCUUUGUUGGUAAUUGGAAAGAUGGGUAUAAACUGCAACCAACUUAAUUCUUCAACUUAUUGUUUAGGGAAAAGCAUUAAUCUGUAGUAUCGGAGAAGGACUAUCAUUAUACUACCUAGAGAUAUGAUUACACAAUGAUAACUGAAAACUUUAGUGGUUUAUAUAAACUUAUGUCCCUUUUUCUCCCUUCUCUCCAAGAUACAUAAAAACAAAAAACUAUAUUGCCUGUUAAUCAUUCUGACUGUCUUAUUUCCAUGAAUUAGAAGCAAGUGAGUCACAAGAUAGCCUGUCAAAAUAAGCACUAUGCAACAUUGAGGUAUCAGUCAGGAGACAAAUUUUGGCCCUGGAAGUCAAGGUUUGUACCAUUCCACAGUCCCCAAAAUCCUAAUACUUCAGAUAAUCAGAAUAUAUCCCUUUCCUGGAAAAAGAGCUGUGAUAGUGCCAUGCAGGGGACUGCAAAGACAGCUCCUUGGAGGCAGAAGUUUUCCCCAACUUCCAGAAAGUCACAAACUCCUAACAGCGCUGAACUGAAGAAGGAUGGUUGGAAAGUACAUUCAUGUGAAUUGGCACAGGUACGCCCUUCUCAUCGCAGAAGCUGCAGGUAGAGAGGCGCUCCCACCAUGGCAGUGCAGGUAGAUAUACAUGAAGUCCAAAGACCUAGAUCUGAGUAUAUAUGGGGUGCUGUUGUGUGUUUUCACACUUGCCAAAUGUACCCCAUUCUGUAGAUAUGAGUGGGAGAGAUAACGGGAGACACACUGAAAUAGAGUCAAUCAUGAAUUAGUUUUAUAUGCUUCUGUUUUAUAAUUUUGUGACACAAGUGAAAUUUUUCUCUAGGAAAUAUUAUUUAUUUUAAUAAUGUUUCAAACACAUAUAAAUGACUGUAUUUUAAGAAUGAUUAUAUUAAGAAUUAUAUUUGUAUAAAAGAAUUUUUAUAUUUGAAAUGUUGACUUUUUAUGACACUAGCUAUAUUUUUAUGACAUGUUAAAACUUGGGUGGAGAACUAGGGUGAUACUGGCAAGGUAUUAUGAAUUGCUUUUAUGUGUGGAGAGAGGCAUCAGGGCUGACACAGAUGUUACACAUACCUGUAUGAUUCCUAGUUAGCACACAGGUUCCCCCUUACGUGCAGUUCUUGAAGAGUGUACCCCAAAAUCUGAUUGAUCCUAUCACAGAUAUGCUGCCUUCAAACUCUAAAGUAACUCUUAAAAUUGCAUUCUAUUUAUUACUUUAAGAAAAUAUGUGUCAAUAAAAUCCAUUUAUU